UUCUGACUCCUGAGUACAGUUGCACCAGCACACAACAAGGGCAGGAGACUGGUGACAGAUCACCAUAGUACGGUUAUUGUGUUCUAUACGUUGGCCGAAGACGCUGCUGGCUUCGUAUUCAUUUGAUUAGAGUACAGUGAGCUGUUGAAGAGGACUGUGUUCAGGUAUUGUUGGGACUACUCCCAUCUAACACAAUUACGAGGCCAAGAGGUGUUGAGAGUGUAGGAGCUCAAGGACUUUGAAGAUGGGAUUAAAAGGCUCGGCAUGUACCAUAGUGGUCAUGCUGGUGCUUACCGGAAUUGGAAGCCAAAAGUUGGAUCUGGGAGACUCCUCAGUCCUGACCAAGUAUAACAUCAAGAAUCCUGAUGAUGUGAAGCAGAUUGCAGACUGGGGGGAACGGUGUAGGCUAAAUGUUGGACAAGAUGCUGUGGAUGAUAUUAAGGAGUCUUUUAGUAAUUUGACCUUGUGCAUUGGCCAACACAUCAAUAUGAACAAGCUGAGACAUGAAAUAAACAGCAGUAUACCCCGGGGAGAAUUGGACCUGGUUUUCAAGAAGUAUUGUGGGCGUCGUGACCCUCUCAUGGGUUGUGUUGAAGAUGCAUCUGCCAAAAUUGAGCGAUGUGCAAGUGAACCGGAACAGCGUGACCUGAGCAUCAUCAUGAAGGCUAUACAUGCUGGCAUUGACUUUGUGUGUCAUAAUGAUGGUGAUAGGAUUGCUUUGUUCAUGGCUGAAAUGGGAGAAGAUUGUAUCAAGAAUCAGAUGGAUAACAUCACAGAGUGUAUCAAGGAGGAAGUGCCAGAGAUUAAAGAUGCUGCAAAGAAUCAUAUGAAAUCAUACGAAAAUUUUGCCCUAGAUGAAGAAAACUGCAAAAAGGUGAAUUCCAUGCACCACUGUGUUGUGAAGAACACAAUGAAGUGCAGUGAUCCUACACCAUCAAACAUUCUGGACUCACUGAUCACACAGGUUUUAAAGGUGACUCCAUGUUGGCAGACAAGCAGUGCCUAUCAGGGUACGGGUAUGUCUCCCACCCAGUACCUACUACCACAUGUGCUCACACUCUUAGCUGCUGCACUCACUGCUGCCAAUAUCCUUCUUUAAGCUGAAGGAGUGAACCAACAUAGAAUAUUUACAUCAUUAACUGACGGACCAAUCAACCGAGUGUUGUUUGUAGAAUUUUGUACCUCUAAUGCGUGAGUUAUCAAACUUGAAGAUUGAUCUCAUGAUGUUUCCUGAUGGAUAACUAACCUUCAUCAGCAGCAGUUAUUGACUCAGGCAUACAUAUCUGUUUCUUAUAGGUCUGAUCCGUAUCAACCUACUGGUAAUUCAUUGUUUGCAUGCAAAAUGUUCUUCAGAAAUCUUGGACGUGAAACACACCAAGUGUGUGGCAUUAACGUUUCCUUCAAAAUUUUAUAUAUAAUAUCAAAUAUAUUUAAUAUUAUGUUUAGAAAAUUUCUUGGCAUUCCGAAGCUUUAGGGUUACCCAAGUUCCCUGAUAUGAUACCAGUUCACCAGAGUUGUCCUACUAUCAUUUGGCAGCUUAAGGGUUACCCAGUUCCCGAAGUAAGAUGUUGGUUUAUUGAAGGAUUGUUUCACCAUUAAUACAUGUACCAAAUACCUUACUCACUUUAUUGCCAAGUGCAUAGAUGGAACCUAAUUCUUCACUCCACUCAGUAAUUGAACCUGUGGAAAAUUCAGUUGUAUGACAAAUUCUCUGACCAGUAGAUUUGUGGAGCCACAGUUGGCUUCAAAUAAUUGAGAAUUAUAUUGUUGGUAAAAGUUACUUUACAAAGUACAUAAGGAUGUUUUGUCUGAGGUUUCAUUUAUUAUUUGUUUAGAAAUGUAUACAAUGGUGAUAGAGAUUUAAAAAAAGUACACAAGCAUUAGAGUACAUAAUGUUGUGCAGAGGACUAAGACUAGUGUUGGUGUAUUUUCAGCAUGAAAGCUUUACCUUUUUAUUAAUACGUGUACGGUUCAUCUGAAAUUAUAUUUAUAAUUGAAUAAUUAUGAUCAUAUGAUCAUAAACAUUUAACCCAGUGCUGUACAGUAGGCCAGGGCAUUUAACUAUCUUCCUGUAUGAAUUUCCUAGUUAGUAAUAACAUCCUAUAAAUCACAAAAGAAACCUCCAUUAUUAGAUAUCAGGCUUCCAAAACUAAAACACAAGCGUAUUGCCUAAGGAUUCACACAAACAUUAUGCCCACCUUGUGAGUUAAUGGUGUGUAUGAAAAGUGUUAAACACUCUGACCAACUGUACAAAAUUUUAUGCUUUGUUUGAGCAGAAUUGUCUAGUAUGAUGGAAUUCAAAUAUCCUUAAAGAGGCUUUCAUACUGGGCAAAAUUCCGCAUUCCUCAGCAGAAACACGGCAAUGUCACCGUUCUCGGCCAUUUUUUCCCCCCCUAAAACCGAGAUCAGAUAAAAAUGGAAAGAAUUUGAGUUCUUGGGCAAGUUUUAAUUGAAUUUUGGGUUCAUCUGAGGUUUUAUGGUAUUUAAAUUGAAAGGUAAUUACUGUAGUUUGUAAAACAUAAUUAUUAGUAAACACUUUUAAGUGCUUUGAAUGCAAAUACAGUGUACUUGUAUAUCAUCAUUAAAAUAUUUUUCAUACAUACAAAUGAAAAUUACGGACAACAUUUCAUUUCACUUUUGUUUACAUCCAUUGAGUAUGGCCAGCAUGGAUUCUCAAGCUUCACAAAUUAUUUGGACACACGACUCUGAAACUUCCCCUGUUGAUAUCUUGAGAGAAGCUUGAAACGACAACACUUUUGGAUGACCCACCAUCUUAGUUAUUGUUUCAUUCUUAAUAACAGUGAUAUGUGAACAGUGCUACAACUGAGCAUGUGAUUAGAAAAGCCAUACUUUUGACUGAGAAUGGCAGAAAUUUUGUCCAUUGUUAUGCCCCUUUAUAUUGAUACUGUAUACUGUAACAGUUUAGAAGUGAGUUUCUUGUGAAUGUCCUUUCAUCCUUAACAUUAACAAGAUUUUACAUUGCUUUGUAUAUAAAUAAGCCUAGUCAAAGGAAAUAUUGAAAUUGUUCAUACUGCCACAGAUAAAAAUGGAAAAAAUAGUAGCUAUUAACUAGUCUUUAUGAAGACAAUAGAGUUAGUAAUACUCAAUUGUGGCAAUGGGGCUAAGUUUAGGGUAUGUAUAUUAAGUCAUUCACAUGACUGUGCAUAUUAGGUACGAUUCCUGUUGUUAAAUUGGACUUAAAAGGAACUUUAAGCCCAAAAUAUGACUAUUAAUUACCAGGACCCAUUGACCCAUUUUCUUAUUACCAGAGGCGGAUCCAGGGGGGGUUCCAGAUUUCCCUUUUUCAUUAGAAAAUUUCCAGUACCGGGGUACUUUUUCUUUAUUAAGGUAUUGUACUCAAGCAUUUUUGUAUAGUAAAAUGUAAUUACUUUUGACUUUAGAAUAUCUCCUAAUGUCAAGUGCACAUGGUUUCAAAUGGACUCAGAAUGCCCAUGAUAUUGGUCAGAUUUAAAAAAAAAUUAAUAAAAAAAUCUGGGGGAGGGGGUGUCUGCAAGCACCCCCCCCCCCACCCACACACACACACACACACACAACCGGCUGGGCUUACUGUGCUCGCCAUGUCCCCCCCACCCACAACUUCUUGGAUCCUCCCUUUUUUUAUAUUCUUAGAUCUGUCCCUGAUUACUGUGAUAAAAUUGGAUGUAAUAUUAUAGAUUAAAGAUCUUUAUUUUUAAGGGAACCUUGUGCAACACAUGCUUACUUUUUCAGUUAUAGUUGGAUAUCAAUUUUUAUAAGGAUUAUAGAUAAGUUGAGAAAUGUAGAUGGACAUCUGGACUAAAACUUUAGAAUACUCAUGAUCCACUUUAAUUAGAAAGCUGGAAGUAGCAUGUUAGAGUGUAGGAAGUUGGAUAUUUAGUUUAUUUGUUCACUCAUACUUGAAAGAAUUAGACAAAGAUAGUGCUUAUAUAGUCAAAAGGCUGAUCUGUAAUUGGACUUUAAUUGGUUGAAUAUCAGUUUGGUUGCAUUGACAAUUUUGAGAUUAAUCCAGUCGUUUAAGUGGUUAUCAACUUAAUUACAAUGUAGUAGCAUCAAGGUGUAAGCACUGUAUCUUUUAUAUUAAUCACUAUUGUAUGUGAAUCACUGCUGUAUAGUGUUCUGUAAAUGACAAAUACAUUAAAGCUUUUAAACUAAAGUACACCAUUAGUGUGCUUCAGUUUAAAAUUACUGUACAUGUACAGUAUUUAGUUUUCUUGUAGGGAAUUUUUUUUAAAAGAUCCUGCCAUUUCUAUGACCAUUCUCAAAGAAUAUUGUUUCUUGCUACUAAUCUUGUGUUGAGUAUUGUUAGUGAAGUUAUGAGGAAGAAUUUAAAUGGGAUGUGUUCAGUAAAUAAGUUUUGUUGAGCAUUGGUAGUUAUGAAGAAUUUUUUUAUAAGUAGGAUACAAAAAAUAUAGAAAAGAACCUAUUAUGUUAUAGAUUAUUUUAAAACCAGUUUACUAAACAGGAUAUAUUGUUGAGAACAGCAAGCUAUUCUGCUGGGUCUCGUAUAAAAUUAAUUGUUUGAUUCAAUAAUACAUAUGUACAAUAUUCUUAGAAACAGAAUGCUGCUAGCUGACAUCAUGGAUACAUCAUUGAAUUCUGUAUGAUAUGGAUUCAAUAAUUAAUGUUUUACCAAUAUAAUGAAGACCGUUACUUACAACAGUAAAUAAGUUUACAGUACAGUAAUGCCUGUGGAGGUUCCUGAUUGUAUUACGGUACUCCUAUAAUGUAACUCUUCAUGAAUGAGUAUAUUGAUGACAUGUGAAGUUCAAACAAACACUAAAGGAUGUCAUAGCCCACAAAAUGUGUAGCAAAAAGAUGUUGUAUCCUAUGUAAAGUAAAUAAAGUUGCUUUGAAAUUAUUAGUGUCAAAGGAAAGGUGUAAAAAUGUGAUGCUGACAGCUACCUUCUGCAGCAUUUGGUUUUCACAUUCUGAUGCCAACACAUUAGAUCAUGUAUAAAUAAAAAUAUGACCACGCAUUUUAACUUUGUUUAAAUAUAAAAUGCGGCUUCAGACAUAUUGAAGCAGGGUGUGUAAUGUCAACUCUCUUGAAUAUCAUAAUUGCCAACCUAAGAUUUGUUACUUGCCCCAUGAAGCUUAAAAAUUAAAAUUGGCCAGAUUCUCAGCUCAUGGUCAAAGAGAAGAUUAUACAAACUGAUUUGAUUCUUACUGAGGUGGGUUGGGUGUAUUGAGAAGUUAAAUUCUUUACUGUUUAUGAGCUAAUAAUCUUAUUUACAAAACAUUGAAAAGUUUUGUAUAAGACGAGUGCAAAACACUUGGUGAAGGAUGUGCGCACACUCGCCUUUGUGUGUACAAUCAGCAAAAAAAUUUCUUGAACAGCUGGGCAUGAUAGAUUUCAGAAUGGGCAGGGCACUAUAGUUUUUGUAAUCUCAAAUGGUUGGUAUGCCUGGUUACAAGGUGACUAAAUUUUUUUUUAAUAAUAUGUUGCUUGUCGUUGUAGUAUUUGCAGGUGAAAAGAAGCAAUUUAAUUUGCAAUAAAACUUCAUCAGGGCAGUUUUCAGAUUUCUCACUCAUUGUCAUAUUGUACGAUGCUUAGAACAUUUGACAAAUUUUUUGCUGACUGUGCAUAUAAUUUUUCCUUUUCAGAGAAGAUAUUACAUUAAUUCUUUUUAAAUCGAUAUUUGCUGAUGUUAUCAUAUACAAGAAUAUUUCCAAUCAAGAUUAAUGGAAUGCAAAUGUUGUGAACGAUUUCUGAAUUAUAGUGAAUGAUUUUAUAGAGGUUGUGGCUGUGUUUACACGACUGCUCUUGAAGCUUAGUUAUGUCUGUUCGUUAGUUUUGACUCUAAAGCAAAUAUUUUAAUUUCCCAACAAUUUCAUAUUCUUGUUCAUGUUGUUUUAAUCUAGAGAACAGUCAAAGGUGACUUGGACAUUGAUGUUCCAAAUUCAAGGAAAAAUAAUUACAGUUUUAAAAACUAUUUUGUACUAAACGAAACCUUUUUUAUCUACUUGACUGCCAUAAGUGGGUCAGAGCUGGCAGAUGUAAAUAAGUUAGUAAUUGCAGGCCAUAAAAGUUGUUUGUGAUGUAGGGAUCAGUAUAAUUUACUGAUAUGUACAGUCAGGAGCAAUAGUCGUGCAACACACACUCACUGUAUAUUCUCCCUGACAGUGACUGUGGAAUCUACUUUACAUUGGGAAGUAUUUUAAUUCUAGUUACUCUUAAAAUUGUUUGAUGAGUAUAAAGGAGGUUCCACUUCACAUCGGCAGGUGGAACAACUAUGUGGGGUGAGAGAGAGUCGCACAUCUAUUGCUCAUGGCUGUACAGACUCAAUUACUGUCAUGUGAGUGUGUGAAUCGGUCUGUGCUUUCUUGUUUAAUUUUUUUGUUUUGGUACCAUAGAGUACAUGAAUUGAUAACCUAGAUAAUUAGUAAAGCAGAGUGAGAAAGCUGUUGUCUAUGGAAUGUUUGCAAACUCACCAUUGGCCAGUAGUAUGAGAAUUGUGUAAUCCUCUGUGUAAAUUCAGGGUUUGGAUUUAUCCAUUGGAGAAACACUUCACUUUAGUUCAUGAAAGUAUAUAUAAUUUAUGGGUUUUCGAAUGUUAACUCAUUAGGGUUUAAAAUAACAUUUAGUGCAAUGAAAAUUUUCUUGACGAAACAGUUAUCAGGUCACUAAAAAUGCCUAGGAUCAUUUAAAUUCCAUCCAGGUCAGUUGCAUGGAAGCUGCAGCCACCUAGUCUCUUAACAUUCCACAUGUGCACCCUUUACUGUAAUGAUAUUAUACUGUACACUUCUGAGAUUAAAAGGACUGUAGUAGUUUUUUGCUGUUUUUUUAAUGCAGGCUUUAAUAAGCAGUUUGUAUAUUAUGAACUUUGUGAUGUACGUAGUUGGCUUUAAGGCAUUAUCCUCUAGUAAAUUAUUCUUAGCAGACUGAGCACAGAAGCCUUGAUAGAGAUAAUAGCAUCUUAAAGCUCAGGUUCACCCUAGUCUGUUUUGAUGGCUGUCUGUGACAUAGUAUAGCCAUUGAUGGCGGCGUGAAAAUGGUGGUACGUUCAGAUGGUGGAGUUGAAGUGUAACAAACAUGGAUAAUGAUGAUAACCUUCGCUCUGCUUUCUUCCUCACAGUAAGGUUGGGCUCUUAACUGUGUUGAAUUUAGAUGCUAAACCCUUAAGCCCUGGGUUAGGGUGCUGCUGGCCGCAUCCCCCACGCGGGGUAAAUCGAGAAAAAUCAACUUUUCCAAACAUAAUUUUUUACCUUUUUAAGUGAUAAAACAAUAAACAAUAGUAAAAAAAGUAUAUAUUGACCCUCUAGAAAAUUCCUUGGCAGCAUGGAGGAAGAUAAGGGGGAGCUUGUUAUGAUGGCGAGCGUUCGUGGUCACCUACGCACUUACCAGCUAUUAUUAGCUUGCCUUUGUGUCUGAGAUGGCCAGUAAUGCAUAUAUUUACUUAUCAUAAUACUUAUUUCCUAUAAAUAAUUCAUUUAGAAUUGAUUUUAUUUGCAUUAUUUUUCAUAAAAAGUGCCCGGCGACACACGCAGUAUGUCGCCAAGCUGUCUGAAUGUCUUUGUGUUUGGUAGAGCAAGUAAUGCCUAGAAAUAAUUAUCAAUAAUAAUUCCACAAAUAAAUACAUUUAUAACAUAACCAUAACAUUAUUUUCCAGUAAUACUACACUACAAUACAACUGCACUACUGAUAAAAUGGACAAACAAUGAAAAUGAAACAAAUAAAAGUAGGUAAUUACGUUCAGGAAGCUUCCCUGUAGCCGAGCAUGUGGCGUAACAGGCAAAUAGUCACACUGGAACCUGAUAACCCGCGUUGGGCAUUUAAAUCGUGGCGGGAAAAGGUGCGCGUUCUGGAACUUUGCCCGGGGAGCACCGAUCAGGCGAUUUGAAACGUCACCCGGGGCGUAGUUAGUUAUAAUUUUAUUAUUAAGCUUAGGUUGGGUUAAAACUAAUUUCUACAGACAAUUAAUACUGUACAAUUUUACCUUGAGAAAGAAGAGUAAAAAAAAAUUCAAUAAAACAUGCCUUUUGUGCAGUGUUGCCUUACCUUCAAAAUAUGUAUACAGUAUUAUAAUUUUUUAUAUUUUUAUAUCCAAUGUGAAUAUUUGCUCUGCAUAUACAGUACAGUACUGCAUUCUAUUUUUUUUUUUUUUUUUUACAUAUACCUGUAUAAGUUGAAUUUCAUUAUUUGAAUACAUUUUUAAUGUACAGUACUGUACAGGUAAUUCUUUGACUAAUUUCAAGAACAUACGGAUGGGCACCAUUGCUUUCCCUCUGGACAGGUGAGAUGAAAACAGUUUAUCUCGCCAGUGUUGACAGGCAAGUUAGAAAUGGACAGCAGACAUUCACUGAUACAUGCCACACAUCCACCAAAUGGGCCAAUAUGAUGUCAUCAAUGGCAAUAUGAUGUCACAGACGACCAUCAAAAUGGGCUAGUAACUCUGAAAGUUUCCUCUUAACAAAAUUUAAAAAUGCUUUUGAAUAUUAAUAAAUCAGGGCACAGUUUUCAGCUGUUAUUAGAAGAGAUUUGCGGCAGUGCAUUACAAUACAGUAUGUUGGACUAAUGUUAUGCAGUUUACUUGGAGAGCACUGUUAUAUAUUGCAUGCCACUCUAAAGGUCGCAGGCUUUUAUUAUAAGAUGAGGAAUAAAUUUAAAUGUCAUUGGAAAUAUGAACUCGGAUCUUUUCAUAAUAUAAGUGGUUUUACUGUGCGACUUAGGAGUAUCUGAACAAUCUUGUACAGGUGAUAUGAGCCACUUCUCCACGGCAAAUCUUGACUUGGGCAAAAUUCUUUGUCAUGGAGCAGACUAUGGAUGUAUAUUUUUUGUUAGCUGAUAUGUAUAUAACCCAUAUACUGUAAUGUAUUGUGAAUAAGAGUUUGUCAGAACAAUUCUCAUUAAAAUGUAAGAUUA